CUCCAAUGUGUCUCCGAUGGCGCUGGAUCUCCAGUUGCACCUGGGUGGGCAAGAAAUUAUUUGAAAAUACCUUAGCCAUCCAUGUUCAAGCAGCUGACCAGCUUUGCCCAUACCGCCCCUGAUCAAAUGACUCACUGUUCUCCGUACAUCUUGCCUCAUUCAUCCCCAUCUGAACCCUGAGAAUUCACCAAGGCGCUCGGAAAAGCAACCGGAGUCCCAAACGAAGGCGCAAUCGCUGGGAGUCAUUCAUUUAGAUUAACAGCAAUACCCACCACUGUAUACAACGCCCAGCUCUUGCCUUGUGUUUUCAACCGGCACGGGCCUCAGCUCAACUUCCCCCACCCACCCACGUACCUGACUUAUUCGGUACUCCGUGCUCUGGCAUUCAGCUGGUAGCUACCUCAUCCCUAUCAACUUGCGCCACCGCCCUGGGGUUUCUGAUCGCGCCAUAGCUCAUCAAACGAAUAAAUCUGGCCAGACACUUCCUCCGACGUCUCCUAUCCGUGAAUUCGUAUUUGACGUCUGGUCACAUCCUCUAGGUUCCUGUUGCUGUUGUUAAAGAACAGUCAAGGCCCCAUCGAAGACAAAGUCACAUUGCUCACGCGACAGCUGCUACUAUUUCUUCCCCCGACGCCUUGCUCAUCUUCUCGGCUCCGUCUGAGUUGUCCGACACAACUCGCCCAACAUGUGCCGCUUCCUGGUGUAUCGGGGAAGCGACGAGAUUCUUCUCUCCAAACUCAUUCUUGACCCUACGCAUUCCAUCCUGAAGCAAUCGUUUGACUCCAGGCUCAGACUGGAUACGCGAAGAGGCCAGAACAACGCAGAUGGCUUCGGAAUCGGUUUCUACACAGAUCCCAAGCUUGGUCACGCGCCUUGCCUCUUUACCUCGACAAUCCCUGCCUGGAAUUGCACCAAUCUUCAACGCAUCGCCUCCAAGACCGCUUCCCAACUCAUCUUCGCUCAUGUACGAGCAACGACGGAGGGAUCCCUCAGUGAGGAUAACUGCCACCCAUUCUGCCACGGUAGCUUGAUGUGGAUGCACAACGGUGGUCUUGGGGGUUGGAAGUAUAUCAAGAGAAGGCUGGGUUCGAGAUUGGCCGACAAGUGGUACCUUGGGAUCCAAGGCGGUACAGACAGUGAAUGGGCGUUUGCGCUGUUCCUCGAUACUCUCGAAAGGAUGGGCAUCGACCCGGAUUCACAGCCCGCCCACGGUUUCGGGCCUACGGUAUUAAGGAAGGCUAUGCUAAAGACCAUCGCCACAAUCAACGAAUUGAUCGAUGACAUCCCGGAGAGCACGAUCCAGUCGGAAAACAUCGACACUCGAAGCUUGCUCAACUUUGCUGUCACAGACGGCAAAAGCGUUAUUUGCACUCGAUACAUCAGCAGCGCGACAGACGAAGCCGCGAGUCUCUACUACUCUUCAGGCACUGAAUGGGGCACGAGGACAUCGGCAGCAACCGACCGCGACUACCAAAUGGAACGCCAAGAUAAAGGCGCAGAUAUCGUACUUGUCGCAAGUGAGCCGCUGACGUUUGAGAGAGAGAAUUGGGUCAACGUUCCCACAAACUCGAUCCUGACAAUUCACAACCAGACUGUCAUGGUUCAUCCGAUUAUUGACAAAUACUACGAUCGAAGCCCGUACCACGCCAGAUCAAGCGCUUUUGUUCAGACGAAGGGGCUCAUGGCGAACGAGAAGAUUUCGGCACUACUCAGCCCGGCAGCGACGUCGUUGCCAGCUCCUGAUGCAGCAAAAAAGAGUCUUGGGCCGACUAUUCCUUUCAGCGUUUCUCGCGGCCACACCCCCGAGCCUACCAAUGUUGGCAAAUCCCGGCCACAUAGCCAACUUCACGAGGUAUCAACACCGGCAGACUCCAGGUCUAUCAUGACCUUCUCAAGCGCGCAAACCAGCACAUCAAAGCCUCCGGUUCAGGGAAACAUCAAGGUGAAACGGGCGGCGCUAGAGCAGGCUGCUCCCAGUACCGAUGGCGAUACAGACUCGCUGCUACCCGUGGAGGACCAGGCGCAGAGUAGGACAGAAUUUGGUCAUCCUAAUAAGUUGUCGAGAUUCUUCCCCGAGUUGACCAUGACCUAGCCAGAGGGAGUCAUGUGUGCCUUGAGGAAAGGACAUCAAUCAAACCAUUCAACCAAAUACUCGCCUCGACACAGCCCAGCCACCGUGACAUGUGAACGGAUCCGGCUGGCCGGCAAAGCAACCACAAAAACAAGCCAACUCAUCAACUAGAGAAGAGACGACGCAAAAGCUCAGCUCCCCACAAGGGGGGCUUACGAAGAUUCCUGGACACUCUUAUCAGCAUCGGGUAUUGCGAUACAAGGAUUUAUCACGAGACUCGAACUCGUGCCUAAUGGGAGCUGAACGUGUUAGCUCACGACUCCCAGGAAGAGCUACAACGCGUGCCUUGUAACCGUGUUCACUGUAUUAGUACUGCUUAUGAUUGCAAAUGGGUAGGGUGUAUUGGAGUUUUUUUCUGCAUUUAUCACCUAGGUCGCUAUCUAGAAGGAAGAAAUCUAUUAAGCAACCA